AUGGGAAGUGCUAUCGUUGUGACUACUAGAAGUGAUAAAGUUGCAGAAAUUAUGGAGACAAAAUACCGACAUCAUUUGAGGCAGUUACUAGAUGAUCAUUGUUGGUCUUUAUUUGAAAAAUGUGCAUUUGAAAGUAAAUUACCAGUAAUUUCUGAUGUCAUUCGAGCACAACUUGUUCAAAAAUUUGGUGGCAUACCAUUGAUUGUGAAAGUGUUGGGAGGAAUGGUGAAAUCAUGCAAGAAUGAUGAGGAAUUGCAAUCUGACUUUGGAAAAUCCAGUGAGAAUUGA